ACACAACAACCUCAAGAAGAACCACUUCAUAAAUAGCAAUGCUACCUCUGCCCAAGGAUAAGGAAGGAAAAAAUAUGUCUGCUGUACCUGCAGUCGACCAUAUUGUGAUGAUCGUCACUCUAGAGAAUGCCUAGAAUGUUCCCAGUAAGAAUACUAUAAGCCGUUUAGAGAUUGGACCGUAGAAUGAAGAGCCCAUUGAAGCUGUAUCGGAUGGAUAUUCAAAGAAAACUAGUAAAAGACAACAACAUGAAAAUGUAAAGAAGAAAAGAGGCACCUAAAAAACUCUGGUCAUAGUACACUAUUGUCUCUGUCAACAUGAACUUCUCAGCUCCAAGGGUCAAGUCUUGUUGUAUCUUUUGCUCUCUUCGAAAUGGAACAAAGUUUUUCGGCUGGUUUUAUUUGGUAUCAUGUCUGUUUGGAAUCCUGGGUGAAGUUUACUUGUUUUCUUUUUAUCUGGCUCAUUCAAGUAACCUGUGGCUGAGAACAAUUAUGUUCACAGAUAUAAUGUUGAAGUCAAUGCAGGCUACAUUCUCUCUUUUCCUACUUUUGGGAGCUUAUCAGAAAAAGCCCCGCUACAUCCUCUGGUGGGUGAUCUCCAACUCUGUACUGACAGUGUUGGGCAUCAUUGGCUUGACAAUGCUGCUUGUCACCCUUCAUGUCAUUACAUCAACUGUACUCUUCUAUGUUGUUUCCAAUAUUGUGGAUAUCUACAGUAUCCUGGUGGUUUACAGUUACUAUUAUGAAAUAUCCGAGAAUCUCCCUGUGUAGUCUCUGUUUUUAUAUGACCAAUCACAACAAAAUUAAAAACCAAGGCAAGAACAUUUUUUAUUUUGUUAUAAUAAAUAUUGAGAUAUUCA